AUGUCGUUGCCGACCUCUUACCCACCGCUGGCGUAUCUCGCGGCAGCGCCAAUGUCUAUUGGGAGAACACCGAUGCCAAAGAUCCCUACGCCAGCCGUUAGAAUAAAAUCGGUUUCAAAUAUCUCUUCACCAACCACCAGCAAGCAGGAGACAUCAGUGACAACGCCCCGCCAAAAAUUUGGAGGACAUAUCAAACCUGUCUCCGCUAUCAUACACCUGCCCGACGGCCAGCGGAUUAUCACUCGUUCAGUGGAUGGUUUGCUGCGAGUGUGGAACUUGGAGAGCGGGGAACAGAUAGGAGACGACUGGCAGGACGUAGAAAGUGAAGUGCUCACCAUAGCAUUGUCCCCAGACGGGAAGAAAAUGGUUGGCGGGAGUUGGGACGGCGGAGUGAGGUUGUGGGACAUUGACACACGCAAGGUUAUCGCUAAAUGGACGGGGCACACAAAGCCAGUGCGAUCUAUCUGUUGGAGUGGAGAUGGUCGGCUAGUUGCGAGCGGAUCCGACGAUGGGACUGCAAGACAAUGGGAUGUGAAGAGUGGAGAAACUAUCCUCGCGCCAAUCAAGACUGGGCUCCUCACCAUGAACGCAAUCGUCUAUUCGCCAGACACGACUUUGAUUGCUACUGCUGGAAAUGUUGAGUUCAUUGAAAUCUGGGAUGCUAAGACAAGCGAGCUGGUCGCGACCCUCAUAGGACACACACGUUUUGUAAAUUGCCUGGCUUGGACUCCGGAUGGAGAAAGGCUUAUAUCCGGGUCAGCCGAUGACUCGAUUAGGACAUGGGAUACUUCCAUCUGGGUGCAGAUCAAUGUUCUGGAUGCGCACGCUAGCUUUGUCCGUGCCAUUGCAAUAUCUCCGAAUGGCCGCGUUUUGGCGAACGCAUCAUACGAUAAUACAGCGCGAUUAUGGAAUCUCGACAAUGGCCAGCCCAUCGGUUCGCCACUUAAGCAUGCAAGUGGAGUGACCUGCGUGUCGUUUUCCGUACUGGAUGGAAAGCAGCUAGUCACUGGCUGCCAUGACGGCAAUGCGUACGCAUGGGAUAUUUCUACAAUGGUUAGAGACGCUGCCCUUGAUGCUGCCCUCGGCUUAGGCACUGCGACAAAUUCAGAGGAUAAUGACAUAUUAUUACCCUAUGACGAUGCUACUCAACAUACAGUUCCACAAAUCAAGGAUGGCAACGAAGUAUCGCCCGAGUGGCUGCAGACUAAAGGCGCGAAAGACUGGUCGCAGACCCAAAGUGGUCGAGAUUUUCUGCCGACACAGAGCGGAAGGGAGUGGCUGCAGGCCGGAGGCUGGCGGAGUCCGUUGCCGACCCAAGGCGGGCAAGAUCAGUUGCAGACCCAAGGCGGCUGGUUGCAGACCUCGGAGGGGAGGGGAUGGCUAGGCGAGAAUGUUGAACCACCGUUCAUAUCUGCAGGAGACAAGCCAACGAUCGUGGACCCACUGAGCGGAGAGUGGCCGUAUACCCAGGGCAAGCAGGACUCUAUGCCGCAGCCACCCACCGGGCGAGUGUGGCCGCAGACCCAAGGCAGACAAAGGUGGCCGCAUGAUCAGGGUAGGCGAGAGUGGGAGCAGAGUGGGAGCAGGCGAGACUGGCUGGGCAGCAGAGAGUGGCUGGGGACCCAGGCCGGGCAAGACUGGCUGCAGUCCCAGGCUGGCCGAGGCUGGCUAGAUGGCCCGAACGGAGAAGACUGGUUGCAGACCCUGGCUGGGCGGGACUGGCUGCAAACCCAGAGCGCGCGAGACUGGCUUCAAAUACCAAGCGGCAGAGACUGGCUGCGGACCCAUGGCGGAAGAGGCUGGCUGCAGAACCAGAGCGGGAGAGACUGGCUGCAGGCCCAGGGCGGGGGGGAGUGGUUGCAGUCUCAGAGCGGUAGAGAUUGGCUGCGUACCCAGAACGGAAAAGAGUGGCUUCAAAUCCAAGGCGGACAAGACUGGCUGCAGACCCAGGGCGGGAGAGACUGGCUGCAGGCCCAGGGCGGGGGAGACUGGUUGCAGUCUCAGGGCGGUAGAGAUUGGCUGCGUACCCAGAACGGGCAAGAGUGGCUUCAGAUCCAAGGCGGACAAGACUGGCUGCAGACCCAACGUGGGAGAGAUUGGUUGCAGACCCAGAGUGGACGAGACUGGCUGCAGUCCCAGGGCGGGAGAGACUGGCUGCAGGCCCAGGGCGGGGGGGACUGGUUGCAGUCUCAGAGCGGUAGAGACUGGCUGCGUACCCAGAAUGGGCAAGAGUGGCUUCAGAUCCAAGGCGGACAAGACUGGCUGCAGACCCAACGUGGGAGAGACUGGUUGCAGACCCAGAGUGGACGAGACUGGCUGCAGACGCCACAUGGUCAAUUAUGGCAGUCAACUGCUGCGUCGUGGCAAGGCCACUCUCAGCCCAAUGCUGAUGUCGCACCGCACCUCUCACCGCGCCCAUGGCUAGGGUUUUUCUCUCGUCGCGCUCCUAGCCCUCGUGCUGCUGCCAAAAAAAAGAAGCUUAGAUACACUGCUGCCCCGCAACCAAACACACAAGCUGCCUCGCAAGGACAGCCGAAACAAGACCCGAUACAAGGUGUGGCACUGCCGUUGCCGUCAUCGCGUCCGCAGGCAGCGGUUGUCACUACAUCAUCGCUACUGAUGCCCCCUCCUGUCACCACCACUCCUGCAGUCGUAACAGAUAAGCCUGAUGCUCCUACAAGACAGGCUGGAUGCUGCACUCGCUUUUGUGCAGAAGUCCACCGUCCUUCCUUAUACAAACGUUACUACUCGCUUUCCUCUUGCUCACGCCCAUCUGUCAUCUUACAUCCAUUUGGUGCAUCAUCAAUUGCUCUUGCCUUACACAAUACUGUUAUACAAUAG